AUGGCCGAACGCAAGACUAUCCAGAAGUACUAUCCCGCCGACUUUGACCCAGCAAAGCUAGUGCGCUCAAAGAAAUCUCCAACCCCUACCCGCACCGUCGUAAACUUCGCCUGCCCUUUCCGCAGCAUGCGAUGUCUCUCCUGCGGCCACUACACCACCCGCGGCAAAGUCUUCCGCAAUAGCCCCAAAUAUGUCUCGCCAGAGAAUUACCUUGGCGUGAGGAUAGUGACGCUGCAUUGUAAAUGUCCUAACUGCGCCGCACAAAUCAUCAUCGAGACUGAUCCUAAGAAUAUGGAUUAUAAGAUUGUGAGGGGGGCGGUUAGGGGGUUUGAGGCGUGGAUGGAUAAUGAGCGCGCCACAGAUACCGAAGAGCAGCGCUUAAACCGUCUUGAAGCUGAGGGCCUUGACGGAGGCGAAGAGAAAGCGACUAUGGAGACGCUGGAACGGAAGGCUGAGGAUGCGAGGGUUGAGAGUGCUGUCGCUGAUGCGUUGGAUGAGAUUAGAGCGGCGAAUGCGCGGAGAGAGGGCGUUGGUAAGGGAUGUAGUCUGGCUACUCUUGCGCUAUCGAGGGAAGUUGAGGAUGCGGAAGAUGCGGAGAUCGCAAGGGCUGUUUUUAGGGGUACGAAGAGAUGUUCGCCAGAUUCCGAAUCAUGUGGAGGGUCGCUGAACGUGGAGUUCUCGGUGUCUAGGCCGGCGAAGAAGGUCAAGAAGGAUCUUGCGAAGGCGUUGGGGAUUAGGAGGUAG